UGGGAGCGCUGUCGAUCUCAGCGUCAUUCCGCUCAACAAGUCUACAGGUGUGAAGUCGACGUCGCCUGCUUCAGGACAUUGGGUGUCUGACUAAAUAAUAUAUGGGAAGAAUGACAUGCUGUCUUCUGAUACUACUGUAAACAGUCUCAAUACAGAUACGAAAACAGGUCAGAAGAGGAAAACUCCAGCAAGGGGUCUGUCAGCAGGGGGAGACAUUGAUGCAUCCUUGACACAAAAUCAAGAUGGAUCUAAUGACCUGCAGAAUCAGGAAGAAUAUCCAUGAUAUGAAUAUCCAUCUGCCCAGCCACUCUAGCGCAUUACACAUCAAGGUUCACUUUGUGUAAUACACUGGGGUUUGGGUUUGUGUAAUACACUGGGGUUUGGGGAGCCCCUUCACAUUUUUCCAACUUUGUGUGUCAAAGUUGUACAAUUUAAAACUUCGCAGUGAGCACUUGAUCACCCUGACUUCUGUAUUUGUCCCGUCAAUCUACAUGGCUGUUUUUCACAGAAUGAAAAGCUAUAGCAGAGUAUUUGCUGCUACAUUAGUGACUUGCACUGUUCUUGUGAUCAUUUACUCAACCUUAACCCUGGAGGUGGCUGGAACUCACCGUGAUUUACCAGAUAUUUCUGUGAAGCCUGGCAUUGAUCACCCAACCUUUAGAGUAAGACCUGCUACAGCAGAUGUAAAACCAAACCAAGUCCAAAUUUCUCAUGUGAGGACAUUAGCGAUCCAGGUUUCCCCUGGAUUUAGAAGCGCUAUUCCACAGAGCAGUGCUUUCUGGAACAGGAAACUCCACUCUGGUCUCAAAACGUUGGAUAAGGCAGGGAAUUUGACACAACCAGAUAUCAAUGGCAACAGUACGCCAGAGAGUACAGAGUCUCUGCAGACCAACAUAGCAGAUUUCAAUGCCUACCCGUCACUGUACCAGGAUUUUUUGCGUAGCAUGCAUUUCCGCAGCCCUGACGUUCUGAUUAAUCAGCCUAACAAGUGCACUUCACGUGGCAAGCCUGACCAGGUAACUCUUCUCUUGGGUAUAAAGUCUGUUCCAGGCAAUUUUGAAGAGCGGCAAGCAGUUAGAGAGACAUGGGGGCAAGAAGGGGUUUAUGAAGACAGUUUGCUGGUACGCACAGUGUUUCUCUUGGGACGCAGUGGAUCGGAUGAUCCUGACCUCACACAUCUCUUAUCCUUUGAAGCACAGCAAUUUGAAGAUCUGCUUGUUUGGGACUUUAAGGACUCAUUUUACAACCUCACUCUUAAGGAACAUGUAUUUAUCAAAUGGUCUCUCCAGCACUGUCCUCAGGCCUCCUUUAUUUUCAAGGGUGACGAUGACGUUUUUGUCAAUACAAAAGCUAUUCUUAAAUACCUCAAGUCACUGGAGCCAGCCAAAAUGUCCAAAUUAUAUGUUGGCCAGAUAAUAUCACAAGCCUCACCUCACCGUGAUCCUAAAAUAAAGUACUAUGUCCCACCAACCUUCUAUGAUGGACCCUAUCUACCCUAUGCCGGUGGUGGUGGCUUCGUCUUCUCAGGCGCUCUGCUAGAGUCCCUCUUCAGCAUCUCCCGGUACAUCCCCUUUUAUCCCAUUGACGAUGUCUACACAGGAAUGUGUUUCCAUGCACUUGGUAUACCUCCAGAGAAACACUCAGGGUUCCAGACCUUUGACAUCAGGGAGCAGGACCGGGGGAAUCCAUGUGUGCACAGAGAUCUGCUUGUGGUGCACCGGAGAAGUCCACAGCAGGCUAUACGGCUGUGGCGGAGCAUGAAGAGUCCUCUCCUCAUGUGUUAAAGCCAAUGUCUAGGCUAAGUUUCACUAAAAUGGAGUAGAACGGGUAAUUGGUGAAGAUCAUGUUGUCAUGAGUUGGGACAGUUUGGCCUCUAGAGGCCGCCAAAAAUACUCUUUGCCUGGUGUCUUAUCUUUACUUCCUGUCUUUGUUUUCCCGCUAUUUUCUAAUUCACCUGCUCAUCAGUGAGUCAUGUGACCAAUUCUCCAGUUUCCUUGUCUCCAGUCGCAGUUGUUCCAGCACGCUGGAAUUAACUUUGUGGUUUUUUUUUUCUUUUGGAAAUUUCUAGCCUCUUGUUUAGUUUAACCUGUUGCUGCUUAAGUAAACUUGUUUUUGCCUGCCUUGCUUUUGACACUGACGCAUGCCCUGACACAUGUCUAAUUCAAUUUUGUAUAAUUCAUGUUGUCUGUUCAGCUUCAGAGUUCAGUUUCAGCUUCAGCAUGACAAACAUUUCACUAUUUUUAAUAAUACUGUAUGAAGCACUGUUUUUGUUAUAUUUAAAACGAACGAAAUAACUGUAUACUUGGCAGCACAUUUCAGGUCCUGUCAUCAUUUCUACAUAUUCACUCAGAAAUUCAAAGCCUUUUUCUGCACAUUUCUGUGUCAUAGCUGCUCCAACAGCUGAUGUAUAGGAACAGCAAUAUUUCAGAAAACAUAUCUAGUGAGGAGAAGAUGUGUGUGUGUGUGUAUAUGUAUAUGUAUAUAUGCUCAUACAGCUUCACAAUAUAUCCUCUAUGUACAGUUUUUUUCAUGUGCGAAUAUUUUUGAGGAUGAUUAUUAGAAUAAUCACUGUUCACAUAGACAGGAAUUUGACAACUGCAUUUAGCCCAUCUGCUGUCGCACCAGGGGAUGAGGUGCCUUGCUCAACACUUUUCAUACUGAUCCAGGAGAUCGAAACAGCAACCUUUUUGUCCCAAGACUGCUUCUCUAACCUCUGGCUGUCCCCAAGUAAAUAUUAGGAUUAGGAUUUAGUAAGGAUUUAGGGUAUUUAGUGCCCAACUUUGUAACACAGUUUCAUGUUUGCUGUAUAAUCUAUUCCCAUGCAACUGUAUCUACACUCUGAUCAGUAGUCAUUUGGUAUUUACUCUUUAAAUUGGUCUGUGGAUACCAUUCUGAUGAUAACUGAUCCAUGAAAUUCUAUGUAAUAAUGAUAAUGCGAUUCUGUUGUAUGUUGGUCACAAUGUUCCAAAGGUUAUUCGUAGUCUACCUGUGAUCUUGUCCACUUUUAUUGAGUGUUUGAAAAAAUAUUGUGGUCUUCUGUUGAUGCAAAAAUAUUUUAUCACACUGUAUGUAAGGAUGUAAUAUAGGUAAAGUGCAAGAAUAGAAACUGAGAAUAGAAACAGCAUUUAAAGGUGCAGUCCAUGAUUCUAAUCCCAUACAUGUUUUGUCAGAUUUUGGGAAUUCCUGAAUCCUCACUGUCCUUCAGCUGUCUGUUCAGUGUUUGCACUAAAAAAAGUGCUGGCUCUGUAAAUGGGAAACAAACAUAGUGGCUCAGACCGAGCCAAAAACAAUCCCAGCCAAUCAAAACAAUGCAUCAGCUGCAGGGAGGGGUGUAAUUUGAUUGAAAUAUAAACAAUCUUUCGUGAAACCAAAACGCAGACUGCACCUUUAACUCUGAUACGAACUAUACUACUGCUGCACUACUAUCAAAUGUAUUGCAGUAAACCACAAUUUGUUUUUGUGGAAAACUGUAUGUAAAGUUUACAGCAUCUUAUUUUAGAACUGCCACUCUGCAUGUUACACUGUAUUACAGUUGUAUUAUUGAAAAAUACAACAUUCAGGGAGGAUAUCAGGUCUUGGACAAUCAUUUCCGUCCAAAUCAAACAGGGUUAACCAAAAUGGUCUGGAAGCACAGCCUAAAUCGGGAUCUCCUUAACCUGUUUGAUUCGGAAGUACAGCCUAGAUCGGGAUCUCCUUAACCUGUUUGAUCCGGAAGUACAGCCUAGAUCGGGAUCUCCUUAACCUGUUUGGUCUGGAAGCACAGCCUAGAUCGGGAUCUCCUUAACCUGUUUGGUCUGGAAGCACAGCCUAGAUCGGGAUCUCCUUAACCUGUUUGAUCCGGAAGCAAAGCCUAGAUCGGGAUCUCUUUAACCUGUUUGGUCUGGAAGCACAGCCUAAAUCGGGAUCUCCAUAAACUGAGCUUUUAGAGCUUCCAUGUUUAGAUCGUAACAUGAAUUAAAAACAUAUGAUCUUGAGAAACAA